AUGCGUGGCGGGUGCGACGGCCUGGAGCGCCGUGUGCACGGCCACGAGCGGCGCGGGCGCGGCCACGGGCGGCACAGGCGCGGGAAGCGCGACCUCAGCGCUCGCGGCGCACGUGGCGCGUGCGGCGUCGGCGGUGCGCGCGGCGCAGAGGGCGGCGGCGACGGCGCCCAGGGCCUGGGCAGCUCCCAGCACGGCGGCGGCGUUGGGGGGCGUCUGCGCAGUGGCGGACUGGUCCCACGCGCGCUGCUCCCCCGGAGCAGAGGCCGCGGCCCACGUGUGGCGCGUCCCUGGAGCAGAGGCGGCGGCCUGGGCGGCGGUGGUGGGCGGCUGUGCAGCGGCGGCCUGGUGCCACGCGCGCUGCACCCUCGGAGUAGAAGCGGCGGCCUGGGAUGUGGCGGCUUGGUGCAGAGCAGCAGCCAGCGCCAGGGGAGGAGGGGGCCCGGCGGCUAG